UGAUGUAGGCAGCCUGGGGAGGUGGAGCCGCGUCGCCUGAAGGAGUCCCCACCGCAGCCGCGCUCUUGGUCUACCCCACCGAGCAGCCGCCAGCCCUGGGCUCCGGCAACCCUCCCUGCCGCCGCGAUUUGGGCGGCGGGGAGAGUGGCAGUCCCCCUAUUGGGGUCUGGGGACAUCCAUCACCCUGGACCCCUGCUUCUCCUGGCUUCUCAGACGGCUGGAGGCACUCCCGGGGUGGAGGCGGGGGGAACAGCGGGAGAGAGCCAUUCCAGGUCGCUCGGCCACCACCCGGGCUUCUCAGCGGCCAGCGGGGCUGGGUACCGGGCAUCUGCGAAGCUGUUCCCUCCGGGCAUUGGGCAUCUCGCGCAUCGACUGUCUGCAGCCACCACCCGGCUUCUCGUGACUCCAGGGCAGUGAGCUUCUCAGCUCCUGUCCCUCCCCAGGCCCGCCGGACAGGACGCCCGUGAGCUCCCCACCGCGCCCCCCCCACCCCCCACCACCAACAACAACACACGCCCUACCCCACCCCCGUGGUCGCCGCGAUGCUGCCCUGGAGACGGAGCAAAUUCGUGCUGGUCGAGGACGAGGCCAAGUGCAAGGCGAAGAGCCUGAGCCCGGGGCUCGCCUACACGUCGCUGCUCUCCAGCUUCCUGCGCUCCUGCCCGGACCUGCUGCCGGACUGGCCGCUGGAGCGCCUGGGCCGAGUGUUCCGCAGCCGGCGUCAGAAAGUGGAGCUCAACAAGGAGGACCCCACCUACACCGUGUGGUACCUGGGCAACGCGGUGACCCUGCACGCCAAGGGUGACGGCUGCACGGACGACGCCGUGGGCAAGAUCUGGGCGCGCUGCGGGCCGGGCGGGGGCACGAAGAUGAAGCUGACGCUGGGGCCGCACGGCAUCCGCAUGCAGCCGAGCGAGCGCGGCGGCGGCUCCGGCUCGGGCUCGGGCUCCGGCGGGGGGCCGGGGGGUCGCCGGCCUGCGCACGCCUACCUGCUGCCGCGCAUCACCUACUGCGCGGCGGACGGGCGCCACCCGCGCGUCUUCGCCUGGGUCUACCGCCACCAGGCGCGCCACAAGGCCGUGGUGCUGCGCUGCCACGCCGUGCUGCUGGCGCGGGCGCACAAGGCGCGCUCCCUGGCCCGCCUGCUCCGCCAGACCGCGCUGGCCGCCUUCAGCGACUUCAAGCGCCUGCAGCGCCAGAGCGACGCCCGCCACGUGCGCCAGCAGCACCUCCGAGCCGGGGGCGCGGCCGCCUCGGUGCCCCGCGCCCCGCUGCGCCGCCUGCUCAACGCCAAGUGCGCCUACCGGCCGCCGCCCGGCGAGCGCGCCCGCGGGGCGCCGCGCCUCAGCAGCAUCCAGGAGGAGGACGAGGACGCGGAGGACGACGCCGAGGACCGGGAGGGAGGUCAAGAGGACGACGACGCCCCCCGGGGGGAGCGCGCCGAGGUGCUCAGCCUGGCCCGCGAGCUGAGGACGUGCAGCCUGCGGGCCGCCUCGGCGCCCCCGCCGCCCGCGCAGACCCGCCGCUGGAAGGCCGGCUCCAGGGAGCGCGCGGGCCAGGCGCGCUGA